AUGUCUGACGUUGAACAAGAACAAAUCAUCGAAGAAGUUGCCGUUGAACAAGAAUCCGGUUCCAUCACCAUCGAAGACGCCUUAAAGGUUGUCUUGAGAACCUCUUUGGUUCACGACGGUUUGGCCAGAGGUUUGAGAGAAGCCUCCAAGGCUUUGUCCAGAAGAGAAGCCCAAUUGUGUGUCUUGUGUGACUCCGUCACCGAAGAAUCCAUCAUCAAGUUGGUUGAAGCUUUGUGUAACGAGCCAGAAGAGAAGAUCCCAUUGAUCAAGGUCUCUGACGCCAAGUUGUUGGGUGAAUGGGCUGGUCUUUGUCAAUUGGACAGAGAAGGUAACGCCAGAAAGGUCGUUGGUGCUUCUUGUGUUGUUGUCAAGAACUGGGGUGCUGACUCUGACGAAAGAAACAUUUUGUUGGAACACUUCUCCCAACAAUAA